AUGUCUCCGCAGAGCUGCGCCGUUGUCUGCCUCAGCCUGAUGCUGGUGGGGCAAAACCUGGGCUUCCUCCUGGAAAUCCCGCAGGAUGCAGUCACUGGCACCGUGGGGCAGUCCAUGCUCCUGCCCGUCUCCUACAGAUGCAACAGCACCUCUUGCUUCCCACUGUCAAUUAGGUGGAUGUUUGGUCACACCUCACAAGUAAUCAUCGCCUGCACAGUGCACAACUGCUCCCUGGAUGAUGGGGGGGCUCCCAAGAACUGCUCCACAACCUGUUUCCCCCAUCCUGCACAUUGGGGCCAUGCUGAGCUCUUCCCCGAGAACGCAUCCCUGCUGCUGCGGGACCUGCGGCUCAGUGACAGCGGGGUGUACACCGUCAGCUUCUUAUGGAAAAGACAAAUCAGGCACAUCACCCUGACCGUGCUCCAGCAGCCUGUCCCCACAGAUCCUACCAGCGAAGGCACUUCUCAACCAGCAGGAAGAAUAGCCACACGCAUCCCUUGCUGCAUCCUCGGAGGCUGCUACUGCUUCAUCCUGCUGCUCCUGCAGCUGCUCUUCCACCUGUGCUGGCUGCGGGGCAGCCGUGGGGAAGCCUGCGGCUGCUGCUGGGGAGAAGGGAGCCAGCGUGCGGGAGCAGCCAGGGCCGGGGCACAAUGA